GGUGGUGGUUAAAAGCAGGCCUUCACAGGCUGGGGUUUUCAGAGCGCUUCGCAGAGGGUCCGCUGGUAGCACACAGCGGACCUUUUCCGACCUCUCGGUUCUCUCUGCAGAGGAACAAGCAGGUGAAUUCGGUCUCUGCCUCUCUUGUUAUUACUCUUUUGUAAUCAUUAUAUGAUUGUUUUAAUUUGUCAUGUAUAAUAAAUUUGUAUGCUAUUGAUUUAAACUUCAAAGUUGAGUUCUUGUGAAAUCUCUGUCGUGUUUGAAGAGAAUAGAAAUACACGACAAGAGCAGCCAUAGAGUGGAUCAAUGGGACAACAAUGGUUCCAAUAAUCAACACAACGUGUCCAGUUCAGUGGACACUCGAAGCGUGAAAAGUGGAGCGCAGUGGUUCAGCUGCUGAUGCUGCUGCUCAACUACACCUGUGGAUCAGUGUCUUCUGGCCUCGCGGCGUGGAGCUUCGUCAGGUCUUCGUUGACUUUAGACACUUGCAAAGCAGAGAGAAUGGGAUCACAUCACAGUGCUUUCUGACUUCCUGUGUGUGUGAGUCUGAAAGAGACACCUGCAGUUCAUACACCAAAUGUCAGAGCUGAAGUCAUCUCUGCACUGAGCACAUCACAUACCAAUCGCUGGCGAGGGAGGUGCAACAGCACUUAAAAAGAAGGUGCGUUCGAUAAAUAUUCAGCAUUUCCUCCCGGCUCCAGAUCACUGAACACACGGACACGUUUAGCACGUAACGACAGUUAUAUACGUUUUUGCCCAGAGAUGAAGAACUUAAUUCAUUCCGUUGUCUUUCUAAUCACUGUUCUCUGCUCAAUGACAGUUUUAGGGGCAUAUGAGGAGGUGGUAUACGCUCAAGUGGGACAGACAGUUCAUCUCAAACCAGAAAAUGGUCAAAUUAAGCCUUACAUGUACUGGAACUGGAACGGAAUUGAGCUUGUUCACCGUAACUCCUUGACUGGCUGGGCAACUCCGAAUGAGAAGUGGAAGAACAGGGUGACUGGGACUGACAAUGGGCUGUCCAUCACAAACCUGGAAGAAGGCGACUUUGGGACUUGGACUUUAGCAGUAUUAACUGACAAAACUCAUGAAAAAUCUACAAUCUACACGUGUCAUCUGUUCAGAAUCACUGUGAGUAUGAAGUCUGUCCCUCCUCUGCUGGCCGGGGAGCCUCUGACCCUGGACUGCAACACAGCGACUCCACCAAAAAACAAGAAUCCAGAGAUAUACUGGGUGGAUCCCCAGGGCGAAGAACAGAGAGGACGCCAGGUAUCAAUCCCAAAAGCCACAAGUCAACACAGUGGACAAUGGACCUGUUUUGUCAAAAAUCACCAUAAAGAAAGCGGGGCCAUCAUUUCCGUUGCAGUUGUUGACCUCGCUCCGGGUCCUUCAUCUUAUCAGUUUACAUCUAAGUCCUCGGGUCUCACAAUUCCCUGUUCCCUGCCUUCUCACGUCACCUGGGACCAACUCAAAGAGAAGGGCCUUGAAGAGGUUCAGUGGCUGUUCUCACCAAAGCCCCCUGGUGACCUUUCUAAUGGCCCGAAACUGAAGCUCUACUCCCUCUCUCUGGAAACUCUGCAAUGGGAGGCAGUGCAGCCGCGAGAACUGGAUGCUGGAACAGACGUCAGUAAAGGAGACUUGUCUCUGUCCAAAAGGAAAGGGAAGGAAAAGGACGCAGGAGACUAUGAGUGCAUGAUGAAAUUUAAAACCCUGACUCUGAAAACGAGUGUACACGUAGAGGUGUUGCGAAUCAUCGCCGCCCCGGGAACAAACCUAACUUCUGGCCAACAGCUCAACAUGACUUGCAGCGUUGGCGCUGCCCUGCCCAGUGACAUGCAGCUGAAGCUUCUUCCACCUGUCGAGUCAUUGUCCCAUUUGCAACAGAAUUCUGACCAUAGCUCUACAAAUGUCAUCCUCCCGGCAGUGAGUACGGCGCACAGCGGAAGAUGGAGGUGUGAGCUGUGGCAGGGCGGCAAAAAGCUGACGUCAGAAGUGAUCACGCUGAAGAUAGAGUACAAGCUGAGUGUGUGGAUGCUGGUGGUCAUCUGCAGCGUUGUCGUCAUCGUGCUCCUCCUGCUCAUCCUGGUCUUCAUUUUUUACCGGCGGAGACAACAGAGGAUGCGACACCCCGGGCAUCAACUGUGCCGGUGCAACCACCCCAAGCCCAAAGGCUUCUACAAAACAUAAUAUUUCCCAGAAAGACAUUUUCAUGAGGACAGCAGCCGACUGAACUCCUGAACGGAGACAAUGGAUUAUUGCUUCAUAUCUCCUGAACUGUGGGAGAAAGUUUAGAACAAAGUUCAGUUUUUGUUAAAAUGUAAUGUAAUGUAAGAUGUUGUUACCACAAAAAUGUAUUUUAUCACUGUAUAUAUCAGCCAGUUAAAUUUGCCUUUACAUUUAUAAUGUACUUUUAUUUCCCUCCAACUUUUGGCCUCAAAGAUUUACCUAUUAAACCUACAUUAUGUUAGUCAUCACUGAUGUUAUCUAUUCACGUUGUGGACUUGUUGCAUGUCAGCAAUGAUUUCACUUUAUCACUAAUGCUGCAUUGAUGGACCUGUUUCUUUUUUUUUCUUUGUUUUUAAACGUACAGUACUUGUACACAUGAUGAUACUUUAUUGCUUUGAAAGAAAAUAUCAUUUUGAAAGAAACAUUUGUCGAUCAAAGCAACCUGUAAAUAUGUACUUGUCUCUAAAUAUAUAAUAUGAAUAAAGAGUCAUAUCUCA